AUGACCUUCACCACUAACCUACUGACUAUUCUCAUCGUUUUCUCCCCGUUCGCCGGCGCGCAGCUGAACACCACGGCGCUGCUAGAUUUCCCGGGAGUCGUUGAGCCGUCGCCUCCAUUCUACACGCUGCCGGAAGCGUCGACCAUCGAGCAACCACUGCGGGGCCCCUUCUGCUGGACGGACGCGCUCAUCUCGGCCGUCCUCAUCGCCAUCGUGUGCUUUUGCGGGGAUGAUGAGUUGCCGUUGCAGCUUCAAGAGUUCCUUGGCACGGCGGAAGGUGAGACCGAGGCACCCACUGAGGCGCCAACCGCCGCCAAACCCACCGGCAUCGUCCAAAUGAAGGUGCGCCAGGUGCCGGUCGAACAGCUCGAUGACCGUUUCCAGCUCGAGAUGCCGCAGCUCAUCCAGGACGCCUACCUGGUGACACCGGAAUUUGGCAGCGCUCACUCGGCCAUGGCCCACCCGGAUCGUUGCCUCCUCUACGUCCACUACCUUCCCGAAAUUGACGCCCCGAACGCCAAGCCGCGCAUCACCUUCCGAUACGCCGACCGCGAGGCACGACACUACGACAAACGUGCCGAAGAGGAGGACAGCGCCAUCGAAUGGGACUUUGCCAUCGACCUGCUCGACGCGGCCACCUACCUGGGCCGUCAGCCGACCGCUGACUGUGACUUCUACGCCGUGCAACGGAUCCGCAUCCGCAUCAACGAGUCGGCCGACACCACCGACAUCGGCAACAGCCAGGCCGUCAUCUUCAAGGUGCAUCGCGGUAAGCGAUCCGAGUCGCUGGAGACGCCGAAGCGUGAAAAGUCGCUGCUGAAGCGUUUGGGAGGACGUCUUCGCAAUGUGCUGCGCGGAACGCCCUCCUCCGCGUCGAAAACGUCGCUCAACUCUUCGUCGACAUCGCUCAUCCCUCCUCCGCAGACCCGUCGCUCGGUGUCGAUGCCUCAACUGUCCCUCCAUUCUGACUGC